AUGAAUGUGGGAUAUUCCCUUGUUGUACUAAGCCCUUUAGUUGUUAGAGUAAUUGCUCUUCUUCCAUGCUUCCGACGUUGGCGAGUUCGAUUUCGGGCGUGGCGUCCUCGGUUGAGUACCUGCCCGUCGCCUCUGCUGCCUGCGCGUUUGCGCGCCGGCCCUGGUGGCAACCCCGCCCCUCCGCCCCCGCCCGAGCCCUCGACCCCGCCCCCAGCCACAGCAAGCGCCACCUUCGUCUCUCUGUCAUGUGAGGCGGAGGCGGCAGAGGCGGCUGCGGCGGCGAUCGGCGGUGGCGGAGGCGGCGGCUGCGCCGACGUCUGCGCGAUGGAGGAGGACGGCGUGGGCGUGGGCGGGGGCAGCGUGGGCUCCGGGAGCGGAGCCCCCGAGGAGGGCUACGUGCUGGUGCGCGUGCACGUGCCCGAGCUCAACGUGCAGAAGUGCCUGCAGUUUCCGCGCGACCAGCUCGUGUGGGACGUGAAGCAGCAGUGCCUGGCCGCGUUGCCGAAGCCUCUAUUUUAUUUUGUAGUUUCUCAGAUCCGUCGCAGAGUGUCAUUAGUGACUUCCUCACUCUACAACAGUGCUUUUGGUCUUAGAAAUGUGCAUUAA